GCGUCUGGCCCGGAGCGCGGGUCCGGCGGGCGGUGUGUGCGGGGGGUCGCCGGAGGAGAGCCGCAGUGGGCUGAAGGGGUCCGAGAACCAUCGCGGGUGUGCCCAAAAGCUGCAAGUUGGAGUUGGGUCUGAAAACGGAGAAUAACAAUGGGAUGACUCUGUUAGCUCAGUCUCUUUCGGUGUAACCGGGAGCUAAGGCUCCUCUUCUGGCUAGUGCUCAAUGGCAGGAUCAAAACGCUCUGAUAUUUACCUUCUUAAAUCUGCUGCUGUUUUGAUGCUGUUUAUGUUUUCAGUAUGUACAUACCUUAUGACGAUUUAUUUUCCUCGAAGGCGACGACUCGUGAGCCAGCUCGGAUAUGCCGAACUGCUGGAAAAAACAGCCAGCGGUUUAUUUAGCGGGUGCAGAGCAUGGAGAAUGAUGAACUUCCGCCAGAGGAUGGGCUGGAUCGGCGUGGGGCUGUACCUGCUAGCAAGUGCUGCGGCUUUCUAUUACGUCUUUGAAAUCAAUGAGACUUACAACAAACUAGCACUGGAGCACAUUCAGCAACACCCCAAGGAACCACAGGAAGGAACCACAUGGAUACACUCCUUAAAAGAAUGUGUCUGGCACAAGAGCUACUAAGCCUGUUCUUCAUUUCCUGCCAUGGGGGAGCAGGUCCAAUGAAGAGCGUAACAUGAGGCUGCAGCCCUUCAAACUUGGACAAAAGUAAGUUACAAUAAAAUGUGUUCCUUCUGACAUGUUUCUUCCAGCAGCAAAGUAGGACUACAAAUUUGAUUCCUUUUUUUAAAUUAAAAAUUUGAGGAUUGAACAAAAAGUUCCAGUUGUUGCGGAAUAUGUAUUAACUCUCCUUAUUUUCUCUUGUCUGGUCCAUUGUUUUCUUAAAAGGAUAUGCUCUAGUUUCUCUUACUAGUUUUUUAAAAAUCCUGAUUUUUAUGUCACAGUCUUUGAACUUUUCUACAAAUGACCUAAGGUACAAAAGCAGUUUAAUGAUUUUAUCAUGUAGUUAAAUUUUAAGAACUGACUUAUCUUAGCUCUCCUUAAAGAUACCCCUAUGGUGCAGGUUUCUUCUGGGAAGAAAGAACGUGCUACAGCCAUAAGAAGGAACUUCUGCUCAGCUCAGUCCUCAGGGCCCAAGUCUAGUCUACUUAGCUGGUGUGUGUGCCCAGAACUGCUCAGGUGUUCACACUGCUGACCUAGUCACCAAAAGUUAAGCCCCAUGACAUCUCAGCUGCUAGACUACUGGGUAUUUUACAGAGAAUCUGAUGCUCAGAAUAGCUUCUGUAUAAGAUACCUCUUAAGAUGGAGUGAGUGGGAAUUGAAUGGGCUGCCACGCGUGAAUGGCAUUCAAAUCCUUUAAUGAAAAUGAUGACUCUGGAUUCCUCUCCUGAGAGAUAGGAAAGGUACAGCACUUUUACACAAUGUCCCAAUUACUGGGCAUAAUGGGAUUACCUCCUCUUCCUCACAGAACUGUCUCAGUGCCUUGUAUACUUGAGACUUAGUUUUUUUUUAAACACAGAACACUGCAACCUGUUAAGUUCCUUCAUGAAGUUUAGCCUCAAAGUUGUUUGAACCAGCAAUUCAGUAUUUCAAAACUGUAACAACAGAGUAUGUCGUAUAAUCCCAGUCAUUGUGAAGGAGACAUGCUUUGAUAUUUUUUGUUGUAAUGUUUUGUAACUAGUAAAAGUUGUUGGUUCUCAUCUAACUACCCAGAAUUUAUUAUCACAUCAGCUCUUUUAAUUCCAUACAAACACACCAGCAUUCUCCCCUUUAUUUCAGUGAGGAAAUCCAUUGAGCCCCCUUGGGCCAGUAAAACCAAGUUCUAUUAGUAAGACAUACAAACUGCACUGAACAGUGCAGAUGGGAUGAACCGAGUUUGUUCUGUGCCCCCUUGACGGCUGGUUAGGUACAAAAGCAUUACCUCUCUCUGAGGUGAAGAAUACAGCAUCUUUUUUUUCCAUUGAGGCUUAACUCCUCUGCCUAAAAUUCAGGGCCACAGGUGACUUAGGGGCUCCCCAUAUGGGGUUCAGAACACAGCUGUUUUGGAGUGGGAGGAUAGGGAACCACAUCCCACAAAAGCUUCCUGAGCCUGGUAACCUCGCAGCAGCUCUCAGAAAAAUGAAGUUUGUUGGGUUAGGGCACUUUUGCCACAAACAAACCUACAACUUAGAAUUGCAUAAGGUCUCCUGAAGCUCCAGUGCUCUUUUGUCUUUUGAAAGUUUUGGUAGCUACAAUUUUUGGUAGCUACAAGGACUAGCAAGGAUUCUUUAAAGUAAGAAAUUUGAGUGUUAGUUUUUGACUCAAUGUUCAUUGGUAUUUUCUGGAUCUUAGGUGCAGCAUAUUCCUGUGCCCAGGCUGACCAGAAAAAAAAAGAAGUAUCCCAUUACUGGAAUGUUACCUGCACUUGUGCUCAGUUAGGGUCUGCUGCUUUAGACCAAACAUUUUCAGUCCAUGACAUGGCAGUGGACUGUUUACACAGCUUAUAGGUAAAGGCCACAAAUAAAUGUUACUUUUCAGCCAUUAGACAGUUCAUACCAUUUCUGGAAGGUUUGUCUGGAAGAAAAGGGAAAACAGGUGUACAACCUGAGUUGGUCUUUUCAGUUAUGCCUCUAUCCCAUCUGCCAACAGAGUAUCUUAGAGUAUCUGAGUACAUAAAUGUCAAAGACACAUUCACUGAACCUCACUUCUGGCUCCUCCCUGCAUUUCAAACGAAUUGCAGACAAUUUUGUCCUCAUAAAAGUUCAUUUAUUUCCACACUUUGUCCUACAUAUCUAAGUCUCAAGAUUUGCUCAGUUUCCAUAAUAUAUAAACAAACUGUGCCAGGAGAACAAAAGAAAAUGAAAAUAACCACCCAAAAUGCUUUUCAUAGUAUUCAUUCAGGCAAUUGAAUUCUGCUACAGAACACUCUUAGGGUUAAGGCUCUAUGGAGUCACUAUCAAGAGUGUUUUAUACCUGUUUACAGAAUCUUCUUGAUUGACAGGUGACUAAACCUUGUCAAUGAUAGGCAAAAAUAAUCCUCCA